CGGUUCGCACGGACAUAUGUCCGUGUAACACCCUGUCAAACAGUCGCUAUUCCACGUUACUUCCGGUGAGAAACUCGCAGGAGUUUGACACCAUGGCUGCGUUCGGCGAAAUGGGAGUGAUGCCUGAAAUCGCGCAGGCAGUGGAAGAAUUGGACUGGCUGCUGCCGACAGACAUUCAGGCCGAAUCCAUUCCACUGAUUCUGGGUGGAGGAGACGUGCUUAUGGCAGCUGAGACAGGGAGUGGAAAAACUGGAGCCUUUAGUAUUCCAGUCAUCCAAAUAGUCUACGAGACCCUUAAAGACCAACAGGAGGGGAAGAAGGGACGCAGUGCCGUGAAGACAGGAGGAGCAGUUUUCAAUAAAUGGCAGAUGAACCCUUAUGACAGAAGUCCAGCAUUUGCUAUCGGUCCAGAUGGUCUCUGUUGUCAGAGCAGAGAAUUCAAAGAGUGGCAUGGAUGUCGUUCCACCAAAGCGGUCACAAAAGGCAAGUAUUAUUACGAGGUGACCUGUCACGAUCAAGGGUUGUGCAGGGUGGGCUGGUCCACUGGCCAAGCAUCACUGGACUUGGGGACGGACAAAUAUGGAUUUGGCUUUGGAGGAACUGGGAAGAAGUCUCACAAUAAGCAGUUUGAUAGUUAUGGAGAGGAGUUUACUAUGCAUGAUACCAUCGGCUGCUACAUAGAUCUGGACAAAAAUCAUUUGUCUUUCUCAAAAAAUGGUAAUGAUCUGGGUUUGGCAUUUGAAAUCCCUCCGCAGCUGAAAAACCAGCCCUUCUUUCCUUCCUGCGUGUUAAAGAACGCCGAACUGAAAUUCAACUUUGGUGAAGAACCUUUCAAAAACCAACCCAAAGACGGCUUUGUGGCCCUGAGCCAGGCUUCAGAUGGUCAUGUGGUCAAAUCCACCCAGACAGGCAGUGCUAAAGUUAGUGAGGUCAAAUCCAGUUCUCACUCCCCCAAAGCUCUGAUCAUUGAACCGUCUAAAGAGCUGGCUGAACAAACCCUUAACAAUGUCAGCCAGUUCAAGAAAUAUGUUGAAAACCCCAAACUAAGGGAGCUUCUCAUCAUCGGAGGUGUGGCUGCUAAAGAACAACUCUCUAUUUUAGAAAGUGGGGUUGAUAUAGUAGUUGGGACCCCAGGUAGACUGGAUGAUCUCAUAUCCACGAAAAAGUUGGAUUUAUCCCAAGUUCGGUUCCUGGUCCUAGAUGAGUGUGAUGGACUUCUCACAUCUGGGUACACUGACUUCAUCAUGAGGGUCUACAACCAGAUCCCCCAGGUCACCUCAGAUGGCAAGAGACUACAGGUGAUAGUUUGCUCUGCCACGCUGCACUCGUUUGAGGUAAAGAAGCUCUCCGAGAAGAUCAUGCACUUUCCCACGUGGGUGGAUCUGAAAGGAGAGGAUUCUGUACCGGAAACCGUCCAUCACGUGGUGGUGCCAGUCAACCCCAAAUUGGACAGGCUGUGGGAGAAACUGGGCAAGAACCACGUCAGGACUGAUGAAGUUCAUGCCAGUGAUAGCACACACCCUGGAGCCAACACCCCAGAGAUGUGGUCAGAGGCCAUCAAGAUUCUGAAGGGAGAGUAUGCCGUGAGAGCCAUUAAAGAGCAUAAGAUGGAUCAGGCCAUCAUCUUCUGCAGGACAAAGAUCGACUGUGACAAUAUGGAGCAGUACUUUAUCAAACAAGGAGGAGGUUCAGACAAGAAAGGACACCAGUUCUCUUGUGUUUGUCUUCAUGGUGACAGGAAACCAGAUGAGCGCAAAAGAAACUUGGAUCGGUUCAAGAAAAAGGAAGUGAAGCUUCUGAUUUGUACAGAUGUUGCUGCUAGAGGAAUCGAUAUCCAUGGUGUUCCUUACGUGAUAAAUGUGACACUACCAGAUGAAAAGCAAAAUUACGUUCAUCGUAUUGGAAGAGUUGGCCGAGCAGACAGGAUGGGUCUGGCUAUAUCCCUGGUUGCUAUGGAGAAAGAGAAGGUGUGGUACCACGUUUGUCCCAACAGAGGAAAGGGUUGCUAUAACACCAAACUCAAAGAGAACGGAGGUUGCACUAUCUGGUACAAUGAGAAGGAGCUGUUGUCUGAAAUCGAGGAACAUCUGAAAUGCACCAUUACUCAAUGUGAACCUGACAUCAAAGUACCUGUAGAUGAAUUCGAUGGCAAAGUGACUUAUGGGCAGCGCAGGGCUACUGGAGGUGGUCUCUAUAAGGGCCAUGUGGAUAUAUUGGCCCCAACUGUAAGAGAAUUGGCCAACCUGGAGAGAGAGGCACAAACAUCUUUCCUUCAUCUCAGUUAUCUACCCAACCAGCUCUUCAAAGCAUUUUAAAACCCACGAACACUUGCACUUAAUCUCCAUUAAAGUAAAUAAAGACAUGUAAAAACAUGCAUCACUAAUCUUACAGAUCAAAUGCAUUUCAUUUGUGUUUCGCAUGGACUGACAUGCAAAGGAAAUUUGCUUGUGAAAAAUAUUGAUUUCUGGAAAUGUAAAGUUUGUGUUUAAAAAGCAUUUGAGUCAUCUUUAAAUAAAUGUAAAGAGCAUACUA